UCCAAUUUUUAAUAUAACCAUGGAAGCCAUCUCAUGGGUGCCUUUGGUCCUCGCGCUCUUUAGCAUCCUCAUAAUAAGAUCAAUAGCUAUUGGGAGACGUCUUCACAAGGGCCGGACGCUCCCACCAGGCCCAAGGCCACUCCCCAUCAUCGGAAACCUUCACCAAGUUUUUGAUGGCAUGCCGCACCGCUGCCUCGCCCGUCUCGCAGAGAAGUACGGGCCCAUCAUGACACUCCGGCUCGGCCAAACAACCACCGUAGUCAUCUCGUCACCUGACAUGGCACGCGAGGUUCUCCAAAAGCACGACCAAGCCUUCUCCUACCGCGCUAUCCCUGACGCUAUCCGCGCACUAAGGCAUAGUGAUUUGUCCGUGGCGUGGCUACCACCGAAUCCGGAGUGGAGGAACCUGCGCAUGAUUUACAACACUGAACUUUUCUCAACAAAGAGACUUGAAUCCACUAAAGUGGUUCGAGCACAGCAGGUUCGUGAGUUGAUUUCUUAUGUUUCGGAGUGUUGCCUUUCUAGGAAGACCUUGAACAUUGGCGAAAUCGUGUCAGUCACAAUCCUGAAUGUGCUAUCGAGAACUAUGUUCUCUGUUGACUUAUCGGACCUCCGAUCGGAGUCAUCGCUGGAAGUUGUACAAUUGGUGCAGACCAUCAUGAAGGGGACCUCGGAACCCAACCUCUCCGACUUCUUUCCCUGGCUCAAAGUUUUGGACCCACUUGGCGUACGGCGACGUGUCACUAAGUCUAUUAAAAAGUUGCAUGAUAUCUUUGAUGAACAAGUAGAGCGGCGGUUGCGAGGAGAAGAUGCAACCCCGCAUGAUGAUUUGCUAGAUCGACUGCCUCACGGUGAAAAAAUGGAAUGCAUGCAUGAUAGAUUUAUCAGAAAUGCUUUCUUUACGGAGUUAUUUAUAGCAGGAACAGAGACGAGCGCGAACACAGUGGAGUGGACGAUGGCAGAGUUACUCCGGAACCCGGUGAUGAUGGCGAAGGUUAAAGAGGAGAUAGAGAGAGUGAUUGAGCCAGGGAAAGAGGUGGAGGAGUCAGACAUUGAGAAGCUUCACUACUUGCAAGCAGUGAUGAAGGAGAGCUUCAGAUUACACCCGACGGCGGCGUUCUUGUUGCCUCGCAGAGCAGAGAGGACAGUGGACGUUGGGGACCAUUACGUUGUGCCGGAGGGGACGCGCGUGGUGGUUAACAACUGGAUCAUCAGUAGAGACAAGAGAGUGUGGGAAGAUCCAGAAGUUUUCUUGCCAGAGAGGUUUCUAAAGAAGGAUAUUGAUAUCAGAGGUCGAGAAUUUGAGCUCAUGCCGUUCGGAUCAGGGCGCCGGAUCUGUGCCGGGCUUCAACUGGCGGUCAGGAUGGUGCCGCUUAUUAUUGCUUCGCUGUUGCGUGGGUUUGAUUGGCAGCUUCCGGAUGGCAUGGGACCUGAGGAUAUUGAUAUGAAAGAAACACAGGGGAUCCCCGUCGCCAUGGCCGUUCCACUUCGUGCUCUUCCUCUUGCUGCAUAAUUAAGUAUUACUUUUUUUCUUUUUUUUUUCAGCUUAAGCUUAUUGGUAAUUAUGACAAUAAGGAGUUAAGAACUCAAUCCACUCUCCAGUAUUGAAGGGUUGAUGGUGAUUGCAUGCCUUAGACCAUCAUGUCCCCUUGGUUAUUAGGAGAUCAGAUGUCUAGAAGAAGUUAUUGGGUGAUGCUAGUUGCUACCGGUAUUUCCC